ACUGAAGUAAAGUGACUCACUUUGUCCCUACAUUGCAGUACAAAUCUGCGCUUUUUGGACAAAGUUAAGGCGGAAUUGAAGAUUUUGACACUGAGCCAAGAAUCUAGACUAAAUACUGAUGCGGUCUGUCCGUUUCCUUUGACUUCACAGCGAGGGAUUUUUAAGUUAUCUGUCGAGCUGGUUAGUCGCACUAACAUACAGGCUUUGAGCAUCUAUCGGGCCGUCGGCUCCUAAGAUACUACACAGAGUGCAACUACAUUAGACUUUAUGAUGUCUUUGGAAACUGCAGCAGAAGGGGUAGAGGAGAAGAAACAGUCACCUAAAUGUGGAAGGCUCGUAUUUCGUGGAGUUGAACUAGCAUAUCUGAAUAUCGACGGUGAAUUCUUGUUGCCUUUGGCGGAACUGUUGGCUUUGAUUUUGCCAUCAACACCGCGCACAACGUUAUUUACUAGGAUGGAAAAAAUGAAAGUUCGAAGGCAUUUCUGCGAUCCUGAAGAAAUCAAACUGCUAAAAACAGUAAAUGGAAUUCACGGUUCGUCUGCCAACUGCACCCUACUUUCCAAAACAGAAGUAGAGAAAUAUUGUUCAAUCUAUAUCGACAAGCCUAGCGAACUGAAUCUAACGAGAGCGGGGGAUGUAUAUCCAGAGCCAUUCGGAAGAGAAAGUGAUCGAAGGGAAAACGGUCGUAAAGACAGGGAGUGCACUGAAACGACCCACCAAAACAACAAAGCAAUUCGGAACAAAUCAGCAGUGCUUGAUAAACACAAGAAAUUGACGCCGCUUAAACGUAACCUAACGUUAACGAAAUUCGCUAAAGGGAAGAAGCUAAAAUUGCGCUCGGAAGCUGAUUGUCAAGUAAAUAAAACAUUAACGGACAAUACAACUUGUGCGGCCAUUGACGGAGAUCUAACUUCUGGAAACGUUAAUGAAUGCGGGGAAGGUUUUCUGGUCGUUCCGCCGUGUUCUUUACGUAAGGUGCAGAAUUGUACACAAACGCAAGCCUUCGAUAAACUUACUGUGAGCAAGAAACGCAUAAACAAGCGUGACAGUGUGGAUGGGAACAAAACGAUGCGUAAAUGGACUUCAGGGAAGAAAAGACCGGCUAAUGAUUUGGACAAACGGGAAGUUUUUGGAUCGCCAUUGAAAAUUCCCAAGAGGAGGGAGUUAAAUAGACAUGUGGAAACCGACAAAGUAGUAAAUGGAACGGGUCAAUUUCGUUUUCAUCGUUGCUCGUCGAAGAAGCAAGAUGUUGACUCUCUCAUUUCUGAUUCAUCGUCUAAUGACAGCGGCUUCGCGUCGACGUCGUUGUCAAAUGCAAGUACACCAACGAAAACUGAUUUUUCAGCUGGUGAGCUGACCAGGUUGUGGAGAAAAGACGUCGACACAAAGAAAUUCUCUUCUCCGUUAAAAAUCACCACACCAAAGAAGAACAGAUCAAGCGAGGAAGACUAUGGAAAAAGCUUGACUCUAUCGCCUCCAGCUUUAUUGUUAAAGCGAUUUGAAGAUUCUUGGCUGGUGGAACAAAAAAGCCCCGUCAGUGCAAAGUUCGCGGGAACAAAAGUCUUGCCUAUAGAUAAAACGAAGCCCAAAACAAAGAAGAAAGCAAGCUUGACGCCAUUAUUUGAAGAAGUUUGCAGACCAGUGAAACCUCUUUCUGAUAAAAAACAAGUGAAGAAGAAAAAGAAAAGUCUCAGGAAACCACCAAGUUUGAUAGAGGAAAUCGGAAGCCGCGAAACACUUAUCACCAACGAUUUAAUCGUUGAGGAAAGGCACGACGUCAAAGGAUUUGACAAGAAACCGAAGCGAAAAGACAAACUUCUUACGCUCAAAUCUCGUAAAGGCCAAACUUUGUUUAACGGACAAGUUUUCAGGUCGAACAAAAAUGCUGACGUUUCAGCUAAAAAAGAAAAGAAUCCAGAAUACUUUCAUCGAAAAAUGGCCAGUCCCGUAAUCAAAGUUGACGGUUAUUUACCAACACAUGAGGAACUAUUGAAAAAGGACAAGGUACUUGAAAGACUAGUCGGUAAUGCGUUAGCCAAAUUCUUUGCUCCGGAAUCAACGGAGCCUGCUCCGUUACCAGACAAAGUCGACAAACCAAAAGCAAAGAAAACAAAGAUUGCAGGAAUAGCAAAGCCUGUUUUAAAAACAAGCUCCCAUUUUAAACUUUCAAAUUUGUUCCCUGUCACUUCGCCUCUAACUCUUCAAGAUGGAGGUUUGAGUCCGUUGUUCACCAUGUCCUGUCCGAAAGGAAGCAAACCAGAUUCCAACCAUGCUCUGUGGAAAUGGAACCUUGGCGGCCCAGUCGUUCGCGAUUCUCCAGAUUUCUUAAAACCAAAAAUAUUAAAUAAGAAACCGGUUUCUACGUUAAAGCUAAGUGUUAACAAGGUGCCAAAACUCAAACGCAAGCGGAUGAAACCGUUGGCGAAUAAAAACCCGCCAUCGCUUUGGCGUGCAUCUGUUGAUAACGACACCACGAGUGUUUCCUUCCCGGCCGACUCAGCGAAAGAAAGUGUUUCAAAUACUACAGAGACUGAAAUUGUCCAUUGUCAAGUCAAGUCUGAUGCUGUUUCGUGUUCAGCCGCAGUGAAAGUGAGUUAACACAGGAGAAGUUACUUUGCAUGCUAGACACGAAUUGCUAUGCUACAUAAUUUAACCUUUGCACAAAAAAUAAGCUUUCUUCAUAUUGAUAAGUCUAUCUUUUCUUCAAAUUUGUUUGAAACCGUUGUAGAAAAAGCUAAUACCCUCGAAUUUCAUAUAUUUUUGGCCUGUUGAGUUAUUUACCCCACUCAUUUAUUUCGAAGUUAGCUUUAACACAACCAAUGUAACAAGUCCCGUUACACUUCGAAACAUGUGUCUGUAUCAGAUUGCAGCGAAGGGAUUUUGUCAAGUUAAAACUGGCCUAUUUGGCUGACAUAUUCUUCCGAAGUCUUCAUAUGAAUUUUAAAUGUUCGAAAAUGUCACUUUUAUGUUUCCGAUUUUCAUCAUUGCAUAAUGUUUUCAAGGAUUGAUGAGGAAAAACACACUCUAGGGUCUGUUAGCUAUGUUGGUUCUUCAUAAAUUGAACACUCUCUGAUCACUGAAUUUUUCAGUCAAACGUUUAUUUAAACUUUUCCUGAAAUCAUUCAUAGGUAAAUUAUUUUGUAGAAAUUGAGAUACUUAAGAACAGUCUUCAAGGCAACAAAGGUGAUAAUCUCUUAUUCGUCAAGGUUUUGUUUAUAUAAAGGAAAUAUUUUAAAAGGUUGAUCUGUUUUUCAUACGUAACUUUUCGUUUUAGAUUGAUCAAAACUUAUAGUUUGUAUGUUAUCACCUUUCUGUUAUUAUUAAAGUAAGUAUGUUGUCUGCUUUAAUAAUUUCUUGAUGUCUCAACAUUUCUUUAAGUAGAUUUUUACCCCUUUUAUCCAAAUCAUGAUUACUAAUUAAUGUGUUGUGGUUUGAAAUAAUUGUUGCUUGAAAAAGUUAGAACCAUUUUAAUUUUUAUUUUCCAAUAUUUUUCUUGAAAUUUUGUCUUAUUGUGAUCCAAGUGAAGUUUAGGUAUGAUCCAUGACAGAGAUAGAUAUGAACUUGAGAUAUGCCCCGACACAUAAUUCUGUAAUUCCUUAACAUCACUGAAUGCCUAGGUAAGAAUAGUGUAAUUUUUCCUCAAAAUUCAUUUCAUAAUGUGUCACAAACUUUGAGCAUGAUGAAGAUCCAAUAAAAUACACAAGUUAUUGAU